AUGAGCAACGAUACGGGGAGCACGAGCUCCACGAUUUCCGAUGUAACCGAUGAGUCUAGAAAGGAUGGGAUGCCGUCGACGUCUCGACCAUACAUCCGUCUCGCCUCAGAGCUGAGGAAUAUGACGAAGGAUUCCGGGGAAGAGGUUCGAUUCCGGUGUGAAGCCCUCGGAACGCCGCCGUUGACGUUUAGUUGGCUAAAAAACCACGCUCCCGUCGAGAAAUCGCGACGGGUGAAGAUCAAAAAUCGCGAGAGCUCCUCCCGAUUGGUCAUCCAGCAUCUCGAUGUCCUCGACAGCGGCUUUUACCAAUGCGUCGUUUCCAACGCUGCGGCCAGCGUCAACACCACCAGCAUACUUCGGGUGGUGAAUGUCCCGGGGAAGGACGUGAAAAACCGGAAGCGCCCAUCUGACGAGGACUACGACGAGUACGAGGCCAUGGAGAGGGGACGGUUGCCCCACGAGGAAGAAGCUGACCUUUACGCUGUGCCGGACACGGCUGCCGGAACCGGAUACGCACCAAUGGGCACGACGUCGGCAAGAUGGUUGGAUAGGAUUAAGAUGAAGCCCGGCGAGUGUAUCCCUUACCGGGGAGAAGCCUGCAAGCAUUUUUUGGCCGGCCGAAGCGUGCUAAUCACCAGCGAGAGCAGGGAGGACAUGUAUGACGUCGACCGUAAUCUCCGGGCAGCGAUGUUGUUCAUCGCCAACCAUCCCUCCGUCUCCACCGAGUGCAAGCAGUACUCCCAGGCGGUCGCUUGCUACCAUAUGUAUAAGGUCUGCGACGAUGCCGGAAGCAGCACCGCAAAUGUCCAGAGGAUAUGCCGCAGCGACUGUGACCGGAUACAAAAUGACGUCUGCCCAAACGAAUAUGCCAUGGCGGCACAGCAUGAGCUUGUCGGUGACGGCCCGAAGGCCCUGCUCCCCUCCUGUGUGGCGAUCCCGCACCAUGCCCCGAAUUGCAUCCAGGUCAUCGACACCCCCAAGCAGACCUCCUUCAGCCCUGACGCAGCCGCCCGGCCACCCCAUUGGUGCUACAAUGAUAAUGGGAAAACCUACGAGGGCACAGUUAGCUCUACGGAAGACGGUCACCAAUGCAUGCCAUGGUCGGAGGCUCCAUCCAAUCGAGAGUUCAACACUCGGGCUUUUCCGGAGCUGCGGACCGCCCGGAACCAUUGCCGGAACCCUGGCGGGAAGCGGACUCGCCCCUGGUGCUUCAGCCGACCCAAGGGGCUUGAAGCGUACUGUGACGUACCGCAAUGCCCACAGGAUCCGAGGAUUGGGCUCGAAGGGCCGAGAUCGAAUGGGACCUCCCCCUCGAACCUCUCCGAAUUGUGGUGGUCCCUGCCCGCCAAUCUGCAGCUUGGCCUCCUCGUCGGCGGUGUCGCCACGCUCGCCCUGCUGUUGCUGAUCCUCUGCUGUGCGUGUUGCUGCAGAAACAAGAAAAAGACGUCCACAAAACAGCGCGGCGCGCAGCAGCCCAUGCCCCAUUUCUCGGUGACCAGUGCCCCGACUUCUGUGGUGGCUAGCGCGACCAACUCGGCGUACUGCAGAAAACUGCAGCUGAACGGGACGUCGACGCCGAUUCUUGGAGGGAGACCUGCACCUAUGGAAAUGGCCGCGUUACUGCCACAUCAGCAUAAUAAUAAUCAUGGCACCGGCCCUCCAUCUUAUGCCGAUUCCUACCGUACCGUAUCCCACCAAGAUUACCACAUGCUAGAAAUCCCGGCAAGAGAUCUUUCCCUCGGCGACCAAAUCGGCACCGGCCACUUCGGGGUUAUCCACGCGGCCCAGUGGCGUACCACCGUAGCCCACGAACCGCUUACCGUCGCCGUGAAGAUGGCCAGAGCGGAAGCCAGCAUUCAGGAGACGAAGCAGCUUGAGGAAGAGAUUCACCGCAUUGCCUAUUUCGAUCACCCGCACGUCGUCCGGCUUCUCGGAAUUACGCGUUUUGAGGGCAAUAGAUUGGCUGCGGUUUAUGAGUAUCAGAUCUACGGCAACGUGCACGACCUGAUCUCCAUCAAAUCAAGCGGAACGGAAGCGGAAAAACGUGCCGAUCAAGAUGAAUUCAUCAGAGUGGCCACCCAAAUUGCUCAGGGAAUGGAGUAUCUCGCUUCGUUCCACCAGCCGCAUCGAGACCUGGCUGCCAGGAAUUGCCUUGUUGGUGAUGGGCGUGUGAUCAAGGUGAUGACGUUCGGAAUGCACAGGACUGCCUAUGAUGCCGAUUACUAUCAUAUGAUCCACCGCGGCCGAAUGCCAAUUCGUUGGAUGUCGCGUGAAGCCCUGGAAGGCCAACGAUACGGCGAGCCCUCGGAUGUCUGGGCUUUUGGUGUGACGUUGUGGGAGAUGUUCAGCUACGGCCGUAUCCCCUACGAGGGUCUAUCCGAUCAGCAAGUGAUUGGCGCCAUCUCGACCCGACAACUCCUCGAAUGCCCGCCCCUCUGCCCUCCCAACAUUUACAGUCUGAUGGUCGAGUGCUGGACGGAGAACCCGGAGCGACGACCAACUUUCGCUGAAAUUCGCCCUCGGCUGGAGGGUUGGACGAUGAACAGCCCGGCACAUUCUCUUCUGCAGCAUAGAGCUCCGUCGACGAGCACCCAUUCUGGUUCUUCCGGCGCUCGUGGAAUCGGGCAAAACCGUGCCCUCGCCCCGUUCCAACAGCCGACGACACGCGGGAGACGUGCUGGCGAGGAGGGAUCCCCGCUCGUGCGCCGUGACGCUGCCUACCACUAUUCUGAUGACGACGACGCGUCGCAGGAAUCUGAU